AUGGAGAGAGCUAAAUUAGAAUAUAACUCGGAAGAGAAUAGAGGAAAGUCAUUAAAACAAGAUCUGGGAUUAAUAAUAAAUAACCCAAGAUAUAGUGAUAUAAAAAUUAUAUGUAAUGAUAAAAAGGAAAUAUAUAGUUCUAGAGCAAUUUUAGCAGCAAGAUCAGAAGUAUUUGAUGGAUUACUUUAUAAUGGAAUGAAAGAAAGUUAUGAAAAUCAAAUUUAUCUUCCAACAGUUAAUUCUACUAUAAUGAAAAUUAUAUCAGAAUAUAUUUAUACGGGAUCAAUUAAAGAACCUUUAACUAAAGAUAAUAUAGUUGAAAUUUUUAAUGCAGCAGAUUAUUUUCAAUUAUUACCUUUGGUUGAUUUUAUUAUUGAAACUGUUAAAGAUGAAUUAAAAGUUAAUUAUAGAAAUAAUUAUUCACCUGAAUUAUUAUCUAAGGCUGUAGAUACAAUGAUAUUAUCGGAAGAUAAUAUUCUCCUUAAUAUGUUGAUUAAAGCAGUAUCGACUACUCCUUUAAAUACUAUUGAAUUUGGUCGAUUAUCUAUUAAGGCUCUUCAAUAUCUUUUAUCUUGUACACAUAAAAAACAGAAGCCCUUUGCAACCCCGGAAUAUGAAGUUUUUCGGUAUAGUGCUCUCCUUGUAUCAAAAGAAAUUUCUAAUAAUACAUAUAAAACUCUAAUGGAACUGUUGCCAACCUUAAAAGAAUUAGAAAAAUCAAUCAAAGUAAAUAAUAAAUGGAUUACCAAUCGUCAGAAAGUUGCUAAGGAAUUGGCGGCUUUAGUCAAAUUUAUUGAUUUCAGACGAAUUAAGGAACAAAUAAUAACUGAUAUUAUCGAACCAUUAGAAAUUACACCAACAGUAUCUAUUUAUCGAUCAUAUAAUAGUUAUUGUAAUAAUGAUACUCGUGGAAUACCACAGUUAUACAACUUUAAAAGAUAUUCAUAUGAAAUUCGCUCAUGGUCAGCAUGUAUAUUUGUAAAUGCAUCAAGUGAAUUAAGUGAUCAAUAA